AUGUCCCCAUACCAGCUGGUAUAUAGCAAGGCUUGUCACUUACCAGUUGAGCUUGAGCAUAGAGCAUUUUGGGCUCUAAAACUACCGAACUUUGAUGAGCAAGCUGUUGGAGAAAGGAGACUAAGGCAACUCAACGAGCUGGAGGAAUUUAGGAACCAAGCAUAUGAGAAUGCAAAGAUUUACGAAGAGAACACAAAAAGGUGGCAUGAUCAGAGAAUAGCAAGGAGAGAGUUCACUGAAGGACAAAGGGUUUUGUUGUACAACUCAAGACUCAAGUUCUUCCCUGGGAAACUUAAGUCUCGAUGGUCAGGACCCUUCACCAUACUCAAGGUGUUUCCCUAUGGUCAAGUGGAACUCAUGGAGGACAAAACACAAAGAACUUUCACUGUCAAUGGCCAUAGACUCAAACACUACUUGGGAGGCUCCUUGGAGGAGCAGAGUGUAAGCUAUUAG